UCGGACAGUUUUCAGCGCUGCACAAGGAAGUCUGUGUAAGAUGUUUACUAACAGAGAGAGAGGCUGAUCUACAGACCGAGAAUAAUGCAGUGAAUUCACUGAUUCCUGAGUCUCUGACAGUACAAGAAACCGUAGGUGUGUAGGUGAGGAAUGUGGUCCUUACAUGUGUGGUGGAGUCAGUGACCUUACUGGCAGGUCAAAAAACGCCAUAACAUGGCAGAUGAGGUGGGCAAACUGCCACUCCGGCGCCUGGAGCCUCCAAUCCAAAAAUUCAUCAAAGUAGCGAUCCCCACUGAUCUGGAGCGCCUGAAUCAGCACCAACACAACAUAGAGAAGUUUCAGAGAAGUGGCCAAUGGGACAGACUUCACCAGGAGCAUAUAAAUGCCAGCCGGACAGUGCAGCAGCUGCGCUCUAACCUGAGGGAGAUGGAGAAGCUGUGUGGGCGUGUCCGCAGCGCCGAUGCACCAGCACUAGAAAAACUUGUGCAGCCAAUUAAAGAGCGUGCCUCUACCGCUGCUCAAAACUUCCUGAGCCUCCACGCCGACUCUGUCAACAAUCUGGGGACCCGGCCGCAGCAGACGCUCACCACAGGCGCAGUCAAUACCUCUGAUGCUGCUUACAGUGAUGCAGAUGUGGGCGGAGACAAGCCACUUUUCACUCAAAAUCAACUUUUGCUGCCAGCAAUCCCACCGGAACAAAAUGCUGCAGAGUCAUGGGACUCUCUGGAGGAGGACCUACGUGAGUUGAAUGGUUUGGUGAAUGAAUUCUCAUCUCUUGUUUAUGCUCAGCAGGAGAAGAUUGACAGCAUCGAGGCCAACGUUAGCGUAGCGGCGGCUAACGUGGAGGAGGGGACACGGAGCCUGGGGAAGGCAGCGCGCGCGAGUCUGGCGGUGAUACCUGUGGCAGGGGCAGUGGUGGGGACCGUGCUGGGUGGUCCGUUGGGGCUGCUGGCCGGCUUUAAAGUGGCUGGCGUGGCGGCUGCGGUGGGGGGCGGCCUGCUGGGGUUUGCCGGGGGCAACCUAAUCCAGCGCAAGAAGAGGGAGAGAGUGGAGCUCCAGCUUCAGCACCUCGACAACACUAAAGAUGGACAUGAACACGUGCAAUAACAUACACUGACACACACACACACAUACACACACACACACCUGGGGACAAUGGUAUUAUAUAUACAGCCCUGAAAAAAAAUAAUAGACCACUUCAGUUUCUGAAUCAGAUUUUCUGAUUUUGCUAUUUAUAGGUUUAUGUUUGAGUAAAAUGAACAAUGUUGUUUUAUUCUAUAAACUACAGACAACAUUUCUCCCAAAUUCCAAAUAAAAUGUUGUAAUUUAGAGCAUUUAUUUACAGAAAAUGAGAAAUGGCUGAAAUAACAAAAAAGAUGCAGAGCUUUCAGACCUCAAAUAAUGCAAAGAAAACAAGUUCACAUUCAUAAAAGUUUUAAGAGAUUAGAAAUCAAUAUUUGGAGGAAUAACUUGGCAUGUGCAUCUUGGCAUGUUCUCCUCCACCAGUCUUACACACUGCUUUUGGAAAACUUUAUGCCACUCCUGGUGCAAAAAUGCAAGCAGUUCAGCUUGGUUUGAUGGCUUGUGAUCAUCCGUCUUCCUCUUGAUUAUAUUCCAGAGAUUUUCAAUUUGGUAAAAUCAAAGAAAAUCAUUUGUAAGUGGUCUCUUAUUUUUUUUCCAGAGCUGUAUGUACACAAACAAGAAUCUACAGCAUGUACCGAACAUGCAUAACAUUUUGACCAUUAUCAUUUUUUUCAACUCCACUGAACAUAUAGGAGCACUUUAUAGUUCUAUAAUUACAGACUGUAAUGCAUCUGUUUCACCUGUUAAUGAUCAGGACCCCACAGGACCACCACAGAACAGGUAUUUUUUUUAGGUGGUGGGUCAUUGUUCUCAGCACUGCAGUGACACCAUGAUGAACAUGGUGGUGGUGGGCUAGUAGUGUGUGUUGUGCUGGAACGAGUGGAUCAGACGCAGCAGUGCUGCUGGAGUUCUUAAACCUUCAUGUCCACUUAUUGUCCUCCUUGUGGAUGCUCAUCUGUUGCUGCACAGUUUGUAGUGGUCAUCCUUAGCAUGCUGCCUUUAGUCUAGUGCUGAUGAUGACCCACUACCCAAAUAAUAGUGACUCAUUGGUGGUUCUCUGGGGUUCUGAACAUUGGAGAACAGAGCAUAACAAAUAAAAAGGAUUAUAAAAAAAAGGAUGCAGAGAAACAGAUUCAAGAUACAACUACAAAGUGCUCCUAUGUUCUCAAUGGUGCUGAUAAGAUAAUUAAUGAGUUUAGAAACAAAGAGGUGGUCAUAAUGUUAUGCUUUGUUAAUGUAUUUAAUGUAUUUUCGCCCUUAAACUGCAGACUUCACUCUAAUAACUGUUGUACGUAACGUACAGCUUACAGGUUUCACAGCAGUUAUUAAAUAAUUUAAAGAGGUUAUUGGUUAAUAAGUCUGCAGUUUAAGGGGUUAAACCACAAAAACAGCACACAGGCUACAUAAAGUGGACUUGCUUUGAUUUUUACUGCUGAUCUCUAUUAUUAUGCCUUAAAUAGUCAACCGUUUUUACACCCAAGCCAAAAAAGAAAAGAAACCGGCCACUGGUUUCUUUCUCCGGAUCCUAACGGGUGUGUUUUAGUACCUCUGUAUUGACGUGACUGUUAGUCAAACCGUUCACGAGUUUACUGUGGCUGCGGGCGACGCGAUUUAUCGGAGCACAUUUCAAAUGAUAGUAAACAAAGUCCGGCUCUCUUUUAUUGAUCCGGCGGGCUGUGGCCGUUUGCACAGACAGCAGGCUUUCACUGGGGUGUCGUGCAGGUCUUAUGCAGGGUUAUGAGCGAUAUGGAUAGGAUUGCUCGCGAGACUGGGAGUGUACAGUGUAAUAUAUGUGCCUGUGUUCUUAAGGGAUGGUGCCAAUUCAUUCAGAAUGAAUUGAUGAUGGGUGAGGAGGCAGAAAGGCAGGCAGUCUGCUUUCUGGUAAGGGAGGUUUACCUUUAAACACAAAGCUACCAUAAUUUUUUUUCUGAUUGUUUAUUCUACUGUAGAUUGCAGUACUAUAUAAAUGUGGUCAUACAAAUCAGGCAUUUUUGACCAAAUGGCUUUAAUUAAGAAACUGAAUUUGAUCCCAAAGUCUUGUGUUGCUUCACAUCAGUUUACCUUUUCUAAAAAUGUUUUUGUUUUUUGGAAAUGUUUCUUAAACUGUUCUGCAAAUUUCUGAGUAUUGUUUUAUAUAAAGAGGUUUCAUGGAUUUCUGUGCUCAAAGCUUAAGAACAUUUCAAACAGUUUUUUUUUAUUAUAUAUAUUUUUUUGCACCAGCAGGAUCACAUCCUAAAUAUAAACUGUCACAAAUGCAAUACUACAAAAAUAAAAUAAUAAUCUCUCUUUUAAGGGAUUACUUUAAUAUAUUAGAUGCUGUGUGUUUGAUAUCAGAGAGAGAUUUACACAUGAACAGUAAUUAAAUGGGACUGGGUGAGGUGUAACACUAGUUACCCAUGGAAAAAAAACUCUUUUUUUUAUUUAUUCAUCCAAUUUUUUCAUAUUUAUUUAUUUUUUUGUUUUAUAACUAAAACAUCUUUCACAUCAUGGAAAUCAAAGGGCUCUAGUUGUAAAAGUAAACAGAAGUUAAAGUGGUAAAGUGAGCGUACUAAAUCACCUGCAUGUUACUAUAACCUAAUAUAUAACAAGACAAUUCUCUAUGACACUUCACAGCAUCACUGUUCCUGAAUAAUCAAAUACCAGGAGUUAUGGAUUCAAUUAUGGUGUCAGUUUCACAGAAAUUGACAACCAAUAAUUUUCACUGCAGGUUUACUCUAUUUAUUUGAUUAGAGCCAUAACAUGGAAUAAUAAAGCAAUAACUUUAGUAAGGGGCAAGUCUUAGGGAGUUUAGAGCACCUAUAAAAGCGCAAAUAAUUUUUUUGAUAUUUGACACCACGUAUCGAUAAUGUAACGCAAACUGAUAUAUUGCGAUAUCAAUAUUGUGUCCCACCCCUAAUUAGUUUCAAAUUGGAAAGGUGGGUGAGUACAAACAUGCAUACCAGUAAAAUACUAUUUAAAAGCAAAUCCUUAACAAUACCUUAAAAAAAAUGACCUGAUAAUAUUUGGGAUUCGGGUGUGAAAAGGACUUAAUAAGUUUACAUCAAUUUUUUUAAAUCCCAUUUUCUCCCCAAUUUACAAGGCUAAUUACCCAACCCACUCAUUAGGACUCCCCCUAUCACUAGUGAUGCCCCAACACACCAGGAGGGUGAAGAUUAGCUCAUGCCUCCUCCGACACAUGUGGAGUCAGACUCCGCCUCUUUCUAAACUGCUGCUGAUGUAUCAUUGCUGAGUAGCAUUACAGCGCACUCGGGGGAAAGCGCAGUGACUCGGUUCCGAUACAUUAGCUCACAGACGCCUUGUGCUGAUCGACAUCACCCUUUAGAGUGAUGAGAAGGAAGAGUGUCAUCUACCCACCCAGAGAGAGCAAGGCCAAUUGUGCUCUCUCUGGGCUCUGGCAGCUGAUGGAAAGCUAAAUAACCAGGAUCGCCUUAGCCCGCUGGACUGCUCUGAGCCAAAAGGGCUUAAAACUUAAACAGAUUAUUCCUAGAGUAGGCAUAACCCAUGUCCACAAAACCAGGCGCGUGAGUUUUAUGGUUUAAUAUUACAUUUAAUGUUAAUAAAUUGUGGGUUGGGUUUAAUAUAAUUGUAUAUAAAAUAAAUAUUACAUAUAAUAUUAAAAACAUGAAGCUAGUUUGGUUCUUCCUCUUAAUAUUAUUAUUGUAUUUGCAGCUUGUUUCAGUCAUUCUGUAAUCAGUUACACUCACUUUUGAUGUUUUGAUUCACAACCUGAUGGUUCAUAUAAUACUUUCACAUUUUGUUUGUUGGACUUUUUCAUAGAAAUCCAUGUGACCUGCCUGACCCUAAUGUACUGCAGAGGAUUCAGGCUAUCAGUAAGGUUUUAUGUGUCAUAGCUGAUGUCCAGCCUACAUUUCACAAUAGAAAACACAUGCCUGUUGUGUUUGGAAGAUGAUGGCUGGUUCAGUUACGGGGGAUGUUUCUUUAUAAUAUCUGUAAGUCUGUUUUUUUUUCCUUCAAUUAUUGAUUAAUGAAAGAGUUUAUUAAUGAGGUACUGACUAGUUUUUGUUCUAGUGCCUAUACUGACAUUUCAGAUGUGCCUAAUUCUGACAUAUUUAUCAAUAAAGGGUUAUAUUUAAAUUCA